GAUUGUACUGCGAUGUAAUAAUUGCAGCGGGUUUGCGAAGCCGCCAAACACUCAGGUUACAAGCUCAGAAAUGGAGCUUCCGCAAAAAUGUCCGAGGUGGGUCGCUACCCUGCUGAUGCUUUCAAUACUGGCGGAUUUUAAUCAAUCAGUAAAUCCCGGAGGCCGAAAUGUCGGUCAGACCCAACCUUUCAAAAAGAAAGCAGGGCCAACAAGGCGUCCUAACCUGAAAACCGUCCUCGUGAAGUGUCACGAAGAUUCGCUCGAAGUGGUCGUGAAAGGUGACCUGUUCGACAUCGGCAUUCUCGUGAACGGCAGCGACAUGCACCUAGGGUCCCAGUCAAGCGGCAGCGAGACCGCUCAGUGCAAUGCAGUACAAACUGGAGAGGCAGAGUUUACGAUCUUCGCCCCUUUGACCGCAUGUGGAACCACAUUCUCCUCCACAGAGACGGCGCUGGUCUAUUCCAACGUUCUCAUCUAUUCCCCGUCGCCCCCUCGUGACGGCGUCUACAGAUUGGCCGCUGCCUCGGUUCCCAUUGAAUGCCAUUACGGAAAGCAGUAUGCUGUGGACAGCGCCGCCCUGGUGCCCGUGUGGAUCCCCCUGGUCUCAACCGUCCCUGCGGAGGGCCAACUGGACUUCAGCCUCCGGCUCAUGACGGAUGACUGGCGGGCUGAAAGGGAGUCGAAUACGUUCUCCCUGGGGGAUGUCAUCCACCUAGAGGCAGCGGUCAUUGUGCACAAACACAUGCCCCUCCGCGUUCACGUCGACCACUGUGUGGCUACGGAGACCCCUGACGCGGAGUCGUAUGCCAACCUUAGACACGACUUCAUAGAUUAUUACGGAUGCCUCACAGAUGGUCAGCUGACGGGCUCCGGGUCACGGUACAUGCCAAGAGUCCAGAAUGAUAAGCUGAACAUAAUGCUGGAUGCCUUCAGGUUCUUCCAGGCCCCUACUGAUAUGGUCUUCAUAACAUGCCACCUGAAGGCUGUCCGUGCCAUCAGUGCCGUUGACUCCAGGAACCGGGCGUGCUCCUUCAUUGCAAACCGCUGGAGGUCGGCGGAUGGGCAUGACCAGGCGUGUAAAAGCUGUGAGGUCUCACAACGCUUCGCUAAGUUCACUGCCCCCACCACCGCAACAACGGUCAAGCCUACCACUCCCAAACCAUAUCCGGCUAGCUUUUUCCGCGUUCGCCCGGGCCUUCAGGCUGAGCUUCUCCCCAAGGCCGGGCCCACAUCCAGAAGGCCUUCCUCGAGUGGCUGGAAGAGGGGUACCGACACUACGCGAGAGUGGAGAAGGACCACCACGGUGGGACCCCUGUUCAUUGUGACUGGUCAGGAAGUCAUCCCAUCGAAGACUGCCCCCGCAACACUACAGCCGAUGACGACGCCGGUGGAGACUGUCCGUUUGGAGGCGGUUCAUCCGAAAUAGCCGCCUGGGGCACACGAGGCACGGACUGACAUGGUGCCAGGAAUCGCUCGUCCGUCUGAGACGGGCACUGCCACAAACGCCACUGGAGUAUUUCCAAUCUCUAGAUGGCGUCUCACUGGAUUGAUGGGUUCUGUGCAGCAAGUUGACUGUGGAACAUGAAUGUGCUUGAGGCUAGGAUGUCAGUUGACCAGCCCUUGGCUAUAACAAGAACGGCUCUAAUUCCUUUAAAACCAACUGAAUAUGGUACCUUCAGUUUGAAGUGCCCCGAAAUGUAGGUCCUUGCUCAUCUACACUGUUCCAUUCCAGCUUCGCAAUGGCGAACUGUCAUCAGAAUAAAUAUUUUACAUCCAUAGUUGUUUCUGUAAUUAUCUGGGUGUGUCCCUGAAGGGCUGACAGUCAAGCUGUGGAUUAUGGCUUUAGCCAGAGGGUGUGUCUUCUAUCCCUUCCCCCAAUAAACAUGCUAAAUUACUUUAUGAACCUUA